AUGGCUUUCCUCCUGAUUCGAUUCGGGGCGCUUCUGAUGGGCGUCGGCAGCCAUCCGAUGGCCCCGACUUGCCACGGCUUCGGUGGCUUCGGGGAGAGUUGUGCGGCUGCAAAGCCCGGUGAUCCCGGCAAGCGCCGGGGCAGCUCUUUGAGCGGCAAGACGCUAGCUGUCAAAGUUCAGGUUACCGGGUGCUUUUCGAAAGCAUGUUGGCUGCAGACCAUCCGAGUGGGCGUGGACGAAAGCAAUAUGGCGGGCAGCAUGUCGAAGGUUGGUGUGUACCUCUCUGAUGGGAGACUCGCUGCGUCUUCUCAUGCCCUGCCUGUCCCGACCUCUCUGUCGGACCACGCUUGGCUCUCUUUCCAACUUCGAGGAUACGACAAGGAGUUGCGCACACUGUCAGAGAUGGACCACGUCUGGCUCGUCUUCAAUCCAGCCGAUAGCGUCCAGCUGACCUAUGAGAAUGUCGGUUCUGCAGAGCAGGCCACCCGCUACGUCUCUGAACCUUUCUCAGAAGCCUUUGCAGAGGUGCGCAACUGGGAUCUUCAGUCUGCGCGCCAAUGGGCCGGGCACUUCCGAAACUUAAGGAUGCAACUGGACCUGGGAGAUGUCUCCAUUUGGCCCGGCACCUUGCCGCUGAUUCUCGAAGCACCACAUGGAGGCCGCAUCAUGCAGGGCUGGCCGGCUCGAGCAAGUGGUGUCUGGUUUGCCGACACGAACACCGACAUCUUCACGGAGGAGCUCUUUUCGGAGCUCGGCUUGCGCUGUUCUGGCCGAUUUCCCAGGGCCAUCAUCUUUCGCGUGCACCGGCAAGGCAUAGAUGCCAACCGGGCCACUGGCAACGCCAGUCUGACUUUCCCAAAGCUGGAACCCUGCAUCAGCGAGAGCAAUGGGCAAUGCUGCUGCGACCUGCCGGACGCCGCGGAUGCAGAUGUAGCUAUGACGUUGAAUGACGUUUACCACGAGCUCUUGGCAGAAGUGGUCUCCGGUGCUCCCGGAGCUCUACUGGUGGCGAUUCACGGGACCAGCCGGCAUCGGGUGGAGCUGGGUCUUCGCUUGUCGACCUCCUCCUUGAACGAAGGAGCUGGCAACGUCCCUCCGUCCCUGCAGCAGUACGAUGCAAGCUCGUCGCUGAGAGCUCUUGGGAACGCUACGAGCAUGGCCUGGGGUCCGAACAGCCUCGGAGCAUUCCUUUCCACGGCCAACCCUUCAUUGGAAGUGGUCCCUUCUCCCAAGCUUCGGUGCCCGGAUCCUGACACAUGCCCGGGGUCGACAUACGAGCGCUACUUCAUGGGAGGCCACAAUCUGAAGAUCCACGUCUCAGAUGAGCGGGCGGGACUUCAGGUGGAACUUCCGAAGGUCAUGAGGGGCUUCAGCUCCUCUCCACCAGCUCCCCUGGCUACUUCGAUCAAGCAGGUUGGCGCUGCUGUUGCUUCAUUCCUGAACGCACACUACCAGGAAGACUGCGAGACAGAUGUCAACUUUGGUUUGGCUUGUGGCGAGCAUGGUGUUGCUGUGACUGGCGGCUGCGUAUGUGAUGCGGGCUACAAAGGUGAGGAGUGCUCCGAAUGCUCUCCGGAGCACGUUAAGGUGGGUUCUCAGUGCCUCGAUCUUGUUCUGCUGGCUCCUCCUGCUGAUGUGACACAGAAGUUCGGAUCGGCAUUCACCACCACCAGUUCUGGCAGACACUACAUGUACACACGGAAGUUCACCACCGACUUGACACGCUGUGGUGUUGCUGGCUGCCGACCUUUGAACGUGAGCCUUCGUGUGAGGUGCGACAGCAGUCAGUGCCACAGCGAUGUGGACGACGCCUCAUACACAGUCGGCGCCGCCCUUUACAAUUCCACAGGGCACAAGCUGUGCAACGGGACGGUGGACCGAAGUGUCGAAGCCGAAAAAGAUUGGUGGCUUCAAGUCCCCAUUCAUUCCUGUCCGUUGCUGCAUGCGGGGGACCAGGCGGUCUACCUAUCGAUGUGGACCACCAAAUUGAUCAAAUUGCGCUGGGAGCAGACGCCGGCACCGGCGGAGAUCAGCCGUGGGCUCACCUACAGGUUCGACACAGAUGUGAUACCUCCUGCAAAGCUACCCACUUGGAGAGAUGUACCCUGUGAAGGCGUACCUUGUGAUAGCCAGCAAAGCUGCGAUUGCAUCACCGGGUGCACCUGUCGCAGCUGGAGUCUGAAUGGAGAGAGGAACUUUUAUGGCCUCAUGGCAAUGUUGAGCUUGCUGCCGGUACCAGUGUAA